AUGGAUUUGGCCUUCAAGGCCGAGCCUACGGGCACAGAGAUUCCAUCAGCUAAGAAUAAUAGGGCUAUUGACACCAAAUACGCCGAUGAAACCCUGCGCAUUCUUGAGCUUCAUGGAGACUCUGUUGGUCCAUUGACAACCGAGAAGGAGAAAAGACUGAGACGAAAGUUAUACUGGCAUGUUUUCGGGCUACUCUCCACUAUCAACCUACUACUCUUUAUUGAUAAAUCCACUCUGGGCUACGCCGCUAUUCUCGGCCUAUUCGAAGAGACUGGCAUCACCAAGGCUGAGUACAACAAUCUUGGAACUUUCUUCUACGUCGGUUACAUUAUUGCACAAUGGCCGGGACAUUAUGCCAUGCAAAAACUACCAUUUGGAAAAUUUGUCGCCUCUCUGGUCUUCAUGUGGGGUGUUAUCCUAUUACUUCAUUGCGUUGCCACGACGUAUGCCGCGCUUGUGGUUCUGCGACUGGCCCUCGGUGCCGCUGAGUCUGUGGUUGUACCUGCAAUGGAAGUCACUAUCGGAAUGUUCUUCAAUCGUUAUGAACAGUCGUUUCUCCAACCCGUCCUUUGGUUGACGUCGGCAGCAGCCCCUAUUUGUGCCGCGUUUAUCUCCUACGGCUUACUGUGGAGUCAUAGCGCGAUCUUGCCUUGGAAACUGUUCAUGAUUAUUACCGGGGGUGUCUCGGUACUUCUUUCUGUUCUUGUUUGGUUUCGGUAUCCGAACAACCCUGCCGAGGCUAGGUUCCUGUCACUGGAGGAGAAAAUCCACACCAUCAGAAGAGUACACGAGUCAAGUCAAAGCUCUAUUGAGCAGAAGCAGUUCAAGAAGAGCCAGUUUAAAGAGACACUCCGCGACCCCGUUUCAUGGCUAUUUACUCUGCAGGCCUUCACCCUAAUGAUGUCAAAUAAUCUCACUUACGGACAGCAGAACCUAAUCACCAAGGCUCUUGGAGUGGACAGUUUGGGCUCAACUCUCGUGGCUGCAGCAGGUGGCGGUUUCGGUGUCUUGGUCUGUAUUGCUGGAGCAUAUGCCCUGCGGUGGUGGCCUUCAAAUCUUGCCCUCCAUGGACUCUUCUGGUGUAUCCCUGCAGUUGCAGGUGGAAUUGGGAUGGUUGCUAUUGAUUGGGACGAGAAACUAGGGAUGCUUGCUUGUCUACUGUUGGCUGGACACACCUUUGGUAAUACCUAUAUCAUUGCGUUGGGUUGGGCCACAUCAUCUGCAGCCGGCUACACGAAGAAGCUGACCCGAAAUGUUAUGUUCAUGGCUGGAUAUUCCAUUGCAAACAUUUGCUCGCCACAGAUAUGGGUUCCUAAGGAUGCACCUCGCUAUUACGGUGCUUGGAUCUCCAUGAUAGUGGUCAGUUGGGUGGGGACGCCAGUUAUCCUUUUCGUUAUACAGUUCUUGUUGAAACGCAGGAACUCUCACCGUCAAGCUUGGGCUGCAUCCUUGACUAGCGAAGAGAGGAAGGCGCAUGAGCUUGGAGUAGUCGAGGAGCUUGAUGAAAAUGGGAAUAUGAUACGCAGGCAAGUUGAAAUUGCCAUGCUGGAUAUGACUGAUAUGGAGAAUAAGUUCUUCAUCUAUCCCAUUUGA